UAUAUGUGUAGGCGCCGUAUUUUUCUACACCUCUGCAUAGUAAUGCACAGAACUCCCCAGAGACGCAGCCCAAUCCCUGGCUUGACUGACAGGUGUAGCUCUUCUCUCGGGCGUCAUCAAAUUCGCUCUCGAAUAAAGUGAAUGUGCUUGACCACCUCUGCUCCCAGUGUUUCAGGGAAGAGCACACAAUGGACUGGCUCGAGCGGAGAACGAAUAAAUUAAUUCAUGUUUUGAGGACAUCACUUCUCUGAGAAGCUCGGCUGCAGCCGCCUCACCCCGUCCUCCACUCGCCUCACACUUGUUCUAUUGCAUUUGAGUGUGUCGUUUGGUUCUCUCAGCAGCUUUUAGCAUGACAGCAUAUGACUUCUCUGAUAUAGAGGCGUUUUUGGAUUGCCACCCGGACCUGUUUGAGGAAUAUCUCGUCCGGAAAGCAAAAUGUGACCAGGUUAGCAGGUGGCUGAGGGAGCAUCAGCCGUCGAAAGUGUCCACGGCUGAGGAGAAGAGGGGCGCUGCCAUGGACCCGCUCUGGCCGACCAGCACCGACGGGCUCCGGCGCAGAUCGUCCCACAUGGAGCUGCGGCGGAACUUUGCGCGGUCCAAAGCUACCACAGCACACCGGACAUACGACGAGCAUGUGAGCUUGAGCGAACACGAGUCCCAGUCCAGCAUGAGGCGACGUGCGCUCCUGCGUAAAGCCAGCUCACUGCCUCCGACCACCGCUCACAUCCUGAGCGCCCUGCUGGAAUCUAGGGUCAGCGUGCCCCAGUAUGCGUCCAGCGCCAUUGACUACAAGUACCGACUUAAAGAAACGAAUGAGAGGGAGUUUUUCUUGGAGUUGGUGAAGGAUAUCUCCAAUGACUUGGACCUGACGAACCUGAGUUAUAAGAUCCUGAUAAAUGUGUGUAUACUGGUAGAUGCGGACAGGUGCUCGCUUUUCCUGGUCGAAGGACCCGCUCACAAGAGGACACUGGUGUCCAAGUUCUUUGAUGUGCACUCAGGCACCACAGUAAGACCGUCAUCGAGCACUCUAAACUCCAACGAAGUGCAAGUGCCAUGGGGGAAAGGUAUCAUUGGGUAUGUUGCAGAGCAUGGAGAGACAGUAAACAUCUCAAACGCAUAUGAGGACCACCGCUUCAGCGAUGAGAUAGACAAGUUAACCGGCUAUAAGACUCAGUCCAUCCUCUGUAUGGCCAUCUGCAACAGCGAUGGAGAAGUUAUAGGCGUUGUACAAGCAAUUAACAAAAAUCCAAUAGGAACUCCCUUUACUGAGGAUGAUGAGAAGGUGCUGCAGAUGUAUCUACCAUUCUGUGGAAUUUCAAUUUCCAAUGCCAAGUUGUUUUCAGAGUCUCGCAAGGAGUAUGAAAGGAGUAGGGCUUUACUAGAGGUGGUCAAUGACCUGUUCGAGGAGCAGACUGACCUGGAGAAGAUUGUUCGGAAGAUAAUGCAGCGAGCACUGACCCUGCUGCAGUGUGAACGCUGCUCUGUGCUUCUGCUGGAGGACAUUGAUUCACCAGUUGUGAAGUUCUCCAAGACGUUUGAGCUCAUGUCUCCUUUGUGCAACAUAGACCGUGACAUCAGCAUGGAGAAGUUAUCCUGUUCCGACUGGCUGAUCAAUAACAGCAUUGCUGAGCUGGUGGCUUCUACAGGGCUUCCUGUUAACAUCAGUGAUGUGUGUCAGGACCCACGCUUUGAUGCUGAGGCGGAUCAGGCCUCUGGGUUUCACAUCCGAUCGGUAUUAUGCGUCCCCAUCUGGAAUCGAACACAUCAGAUAAUCGGGGUCGCACAAAUUCUGAACCGUCUGGACAGGAAGACGUUUAAUGAUGCAGAUCAGAGAUUAUUUGAGGCAUUUGUGAUAUUCUGUGGGCUUGGAAUCAACAACACUAUGAUGUACAAUCAAGUUAAGAAGACAUGGGCCAAACAGUCAGUAGCACUGGAUAUGUUGUCCUACCACGCUACCUGCUCCAAGGUAGAAGUGGACAGACUUAAGGCUGCCAAGAUCCCCCUGAGCAGUGAGCUGGGCAUUGAUGAGUUUCACUUCAACGACUUCUCUUUGGACAGUGACGCCAUGAUCACCGCGUCACUCAGGAUGUUUCUGGAACUUGGUGUCGUCCAGAAGUUUAAAAUUGACUACGAGGUUUUGUGCCGCUGGCUUCUGACUGUGAGGAAGAACUAUCGAACCGUGGCAUAUCAUAACUGGAGACAUGCUUUCAACGUGUCGCAGUGCAUGUUUGUUAUGAUCACAACAGCCAAUUUUCAGGAUGUCCUGUCAGAUGCAGAGAUUCUGGCGCUGAUGGUCGGCUGUUUGUGCCACGACUUGGACCACCGAGGCACCAACAAUGCAUUUCAAGCCAAGACGGGUUCUGCUCUGGCUCUGCUCUACGGGACGUCGGCCACACUGGAGCAUCAUCACUUCAACCACGCAGUCAUGAUCCUGCAGAGUGAGGGACACAAUAUCUUUGCAAACCUCUGCUCCAAAGAAUACAGCAACAUGAUGCAACUAUUGAAGCAGGCUAUUCUCUCCACAGACCUUACGCUGCACUUUGAGCGCAGGACCAAGUUCUUUGAGUACGUUCUGUCAGGAGAAUUUAGCUGGACAGACGAAGGACACAGAGAAGUUCUCAGGUCUAUGCUGAUGACAGCAUGUGAUCUGGGUGCUGUCACUCGUCCUUGGAAGAUAUCUAAACAGGUUGCAGAGCUGGUGACGAGUGAAUUCUUUGAACAGGGUGACAGGGAGAGGUCUGAGCUUAAGUUAACCCCUGCAGCCAUCUUUGAUCGGAAUCGCAAAGACGAGCUACCUGCCUUACAGCUGGAAUGGAUUGAUGGGAUCUGUAAACCACUAUAUCAGGCUCUGCUGAAGCUCAACAGGAAGCUACAGCCGAUGGUGGAUGGGAUCGAUGCCAAUCGAAAGAAGUGGCAGGACCUCUGCUCAUCUUAUCAGCUGACACGCACAGCGUCAGUAUCCAAUCAGAGCGCUGAACCAGGUCAGAGUAAUGAGUCCGGCGAAGAUGCAGAAACCAGUGAAAGCCCAGAGUCUUUACAGACUGUGAAGCCUAUUGAAAAUGUCAGGUUUGGGUCAAAGCCUAAGUGCAGUCAGGCUCUAAGGUGCAGAGUAAACAAGGAACCACAUGAUGACGCAGCAGCAUCAGCUGGCUACGCAUCAUCAGCAGGAAAGAAAUAAAGCGGGCGUAUCUAUUGGCACACAUGGGACUCCAGAAAUGCCCUGUGAUUUUCUAACACACGCGCUAACCUUCGCUGUCUGGGUAAAUGAAAUGCAGCGUUCAUCUGCUGAGCAUUUUUCUUCUCCCAAGCAUCACUGUGCUAAACUCAGGAGCGGGAUUUAUUCCCAUCAUUCAAACUCUCUCUGCUCAAAGGGCAGUUUCCCAGUUUCUGUCUGCCUGAAGGUUUUUCCAUUCUGAGACGAAUAUGAACAAAAGGCCGUGGAAACCAAAGAGGGCCACUUCUGACUGUAACGUUUUUAUUGGGUCUGUCUUUAAAGUCACAAGCCUUUACUAAACAAAAAAGGAAACACUGUGAAAUCUCAGAUAAAUUGUGAAUGUAGACUGGAGAAUGAAAUUGUUCCUGAAUGUGACUCACUGAUAGGUAUUACCUCAGUUGCAAAUAUUUGCCUGCAUGUUGUUAUUUUCAGUGUUUAAUAGGUUAGCUGAGCUGUUUGACUCUUGUUCUGUGAAUUACAUGCAUGUAUCAUGUCAGUAAUAUACACUGUUACAUUUUUAUUAAAAUGAGUAAAGCAGAUAAGUGAGAGAGGCUCAGUGUUACUGACUUUUAAGAAAGUUUCGCACACGUUAGGACAAACUGCUUAUGUGUGACUUUCAGGCAGUGGGACAGUUUAGUUUUGAGAGCAUUUAUCACUCUUGCAAAGCACCGUAAUUCUUUGUAACAGAGUGAGACAAACACAUGGAUGUGUGUCUGCAUUUGUGCGUUCAGUUCGAUGUCAGAUGUACUUUCACAUGUUAGCUGUAAGUGUUAUUGCUAGGCAACCUUAGGCUUGAGGAUGUUUACAUGUAUGCCUUGGUUCAGCAGAGCUAUGCUAAUUUUGUCGUUCAGCAAAUUUUAAACUAUGGCAAGUAUGAAAAACACUGAUGCGUUUGUCUCACUCUGCACUUCUCAGAAAACUGAACUAUGCCUUCAGAAGUAUCAUGUAUGUACAGUAUGUAAAAUAGAAGUUUUAAGGUUUUCAUAAAGCAGAUUGUGUAUAUUAAACAGUAUUUAUUUAUACAUGUUUGCCGAUGCAUGCUGAACAUGUCCAACUUGCAUGUAUCCCGUUUGAUGUUUACUCAUUAUCUUGAUGCCUUUGACUGCCCUAUGAGAUUUGAUUUGCAUGAAAACAAUGUAACAGAAAUACUUAGUGUCGUUAUGUAAAAAUAUUGUUACUGCGCUAUUGUUGACGAGAAAGGAUCAGAAUGUCUAUUUUCGAUCAAUCACAGACUGUACCGAACUUAUACAUUCAUUAUUUUUCAUACACCUGGCUCUAUAUUUAUAACUAUCCCCUUAAAACAAAACUUUCUUAGAGAAAGCAUUUGUUUCAUUUCACAGUAAAGUGAGAGGCACGUUUGGAGUCUGUCUCCACCUGAUUUUGUGAAUAAAAAGCUGUGGCAUGGAAA